GUUAGGAAGCCUCGCGGAGGACAGGGGAUGGGCUGUUUGACCAACCUGGUACAGGGUCUAGCACAUAGCAGGGGGAGUAAAUAAAUACCUUUGAUGACGACAGACAGGACGGCAGGCAAGGCUCACUGACCGGGCCAUGGGAGAGAUAGGCGGCCCCAGGACCUCGCCGCCCUGAGUGGGCGACCUGACCUCGGAUGAGGGCGGUUCCGCCGCACUCCGCCCACGCACUCGGGCCCCUCGGGGCUGUCCUCCCGGAGUAGACCUGCUCUGGGGGAUGUUGAUUGCGGUGGCGGUGGCGGGGCGGAUGGACGGGGGAGGGGUCGGAGGGGGCCUGGGCCCAAGUUCACGCCUCCCUCCCUCCAUCCCACGGGCAGCGGAAGCGAUUAUUCCCACCGGCGUCUGGCGGGGCGGGGGGCGGGCUCGCACCCCAAAGAGACACGGGCCUUCCUGCGUCCAGCCCUUUGAUCGCGCCGCCACCCCACGGCCCCUCCCCUCCGGUCCCUCGGGGCCCCCGUACUAACUAACGAGGCCCUCGCCCCUCCCGGCGGCGCACUGGGGUCGGGCAGCGAUGGCCACAGCGGAGUCCAGCCAGCUCCAGUUCGGGGAGAGCGCCGCGUCCCCCGCUUACCGGCCCGCCCACGCCGGCGGGGCGUUCCUGCCGCCCCCGAGCCCGGGCACUGCCCUGCUCCCCGCGCGCCCCUCGGGCCUCGGCUCGGAGCGCGGCGCCCCGGCAGCCUUCGCGGGCUUUCUUGGGAGGGGUCCCGGGCCCGCCGCGCCUCCCCACGCCGGCCUGGGCCCGCCUGCGCCCCCCAAAGGCGCGGCCGUCCCGUCGGCGUCGCAGCGCCGCAAGCGCACGUCGUUCAGCCCGGAGCAGCUGCAGCUGCUGGAGCUCGUCUUCCGCCGGACCAUGUACCCGGACAUCCACCUGCGCGAGCGCCUGGCCGCGCUCACCCUGCUCCCGGAAUCCAGGAUCCAGGUGUGGUUCCAGAACAGGCGCGCCAAGUCACGUCGUCAGAGCGGAAAAUCCUUUCAACCUUCAGCCAGACCGGAGCUUUUCCUCCACCACUCUGCUUGUGAAACUGAAGUGAAAUAUUUGAAGCCCCAGCAGCCUCUGGAGGCAGAUGUGAACUGCCUGUCUGAUCCCAACAGGGUUGGAGGGGGCAUGUCUGACCCUAGCUCCCAAGGUCAGAAUUUUGAAACCUAUUCUCCUCUCUCUGAAGACAUUGGUUCAAAGCUGGACUCAUGGGAAGAACACAUCUUUUCUGCCUUUGGUAACUCUUGAGGAAUCUGGGAGAAUUCAGGAUAAGCUCAGAGGAACCAUAACUGACAGCCAGGGAGAUACACAGUAGAAUACUGCCCUUUCUGGGUUCCAUGUUAAGUUCACAUCCAUGUUAACCUUGGUAAUGGUUUUGAGUUAUCGCUCACCUGUGAAGAUUUCAUCCUUCUUGCCCAUGAACCUUUGCCUAUAGCCUGUUCUUUCUUCGUAGGACACACCCCUUAGGAGUUCUGGCCAUUUACUUUUACUAGUGCAUCUCCAUAUCUGUGCAUUCAUUUUGGUCCACAUAUCUGCUCCUUCUUACCAGUCCUGUUGCUAUUUUUCGGAUGGGUUAUUUAAACUUAUCUUCACAAGAACUCCUUGGUUCAACUCAGUUUCCCCUUGUGCUUGACAGCUACUGUCUACAUAUGGUUCUUCCAAGGCUUGUAACCUUAAACUCAUGCUAACCAUGCUCCUUCAAUCCUCAUUCUAUCACCCAGAUUUACUACUUUUUAAAUUUGGCUUUUCAGCUUUACACUCAUUUGUAGCUCCGAUGAUUCUCUGUCCAGAUUAUUCAAGAGCCCCCUGCCUCAAGUUUCUCAACUUUCAAAAAACUACUCUCUUUAGAAAUCUUUAGGAGCCUCCAAUUGCUAUAAAAUUGUAAAAACCUUUUGGUUACUCUUCCAGCUGAUGGGCAUCGAUAGCCCACAGGACAGGCAUAUCUUCUGAAGGUCACCGUUUCACAAAACAUACCUCUGUCUCAGAGCCACUCUUUUCAAACAAAUACCUCUCUACCUUUCAAAACACCCUAGACCUCCCUCUCUCUGAAGGCUUUAAUUAUCUCUGAUCCUGAUUUUGUACCUGUUACUUCAAUUACUCCAGCAUUACCCUUAGCACUUGUCAUUGUACUUCUGUGCAACUUUAUUGUUAUUAAAUGUUUUCCACAAAUGUU